CAGCAGUCUUGCCUGCUUCAAAUCUGUCUUCGUCGACUUGCAAAAUGGUCGACAAAGGCUUUGUUAUCAAAUACUCGUCCUCAAAACUUUACUAAUUCUCCUUAUCUGACAACUUGGGCAAACCGUUGCGAUUCCGACUGCCCUAGAAGAAACUAGCUCGCUCUGAACUAGAAACCCGAAAAGAGACAGGAAUACCCCACACGAGAUACAAAGAAUAAACCGCAGAAAUGCCUCAUUGGAUUCAACAUCACGUCAAUUCCUUCGAGGCACAGCUUGCCGCGACGGCGCUGCUGUCAGGCAUUGCGGUAGCAAGCGCUAUACUGGGAUACCAAAAUACAAAGCGGAAGGAAGCUGUGGAAGAUCUCAAGUCUUCCAUCCCGGAGAUUGAUGAACGCCAUUAUGCAGAGAAACUUACAGCCUUUGGCCUUCCAGCUCCUGUCACACCGCAUCUCAACAAGGAAGACGAGCGCAGCGCUGCCCUAGCUCGCAGGGCGCAGCAGGGCGAUUAUGAUGAUGAGCUGAUCCUCGAGCAACUAGCCCGUAACCGCGCUUUCCUUACGGAUGAAGGUCUCUCAAAGCUUCGAUCGUCAUUUAUAAUUGUCGUUGGUUGUGGAGGUGUUGGGUCCCAUGCUGUCGCUGCGCUUGCGCGAUCAGGCGUCUCCAAAAUCCGUCUCAUAGACUUCGACCAAGUCACAUUGUCAUCUCUGAACAGACACGCUGUUGCCACAUUAACAGAUGUGGGCACGCCAAAGGUGCACUGUAUUCGGAGGAGGUUGGAACAAAUCACCCCUUGGGUCUUCUUUGAUUGCCGAAACGAGCUCUUUGGGAAGUCCGCCGCCGAUGACCUUUUGAGUCCGUGGAGCCUGACGAGCGAUGGCCAAGGACAAAAGCCCGAUUUUGUAAUCGACUGUAUCGACAACAUCUCAUCCAAAGUCGAGUUGCUACAUUAUUGCCACUCAAGCUCUAUCCCCGUGAUCUCAUCCAUGGGGGCAGGGUGUAAAUCAGAUCCCACGCGUGUUGUAGUCGGUGACAUCUCAGCUACGACCGAUGACCCACUCUCACGCAGCACUCGACGGCGACUAAAAUUACUCGGAGUGAACUCUGGAAUAACAGCAGUAUUCUCGACCGAGAAGCCGGGUCCCGGAAAAGCAAGCCUUCUCCCCUUACCGGAAGAAGAGUUCUCCAAAGGUGAAGUAGGAGAGCUGGGAGUCCUCCCAGACUUCCGCGUCCGCAUUCUUCCCGUUCUGGGAACCAUGCCCGCCGUAUUCGGGUACACGGUUGCGAACCACGUCAUCUGUUCCAUUGCAGGCUACCCACAAGAUUAUACGACAGGCGCCAAGGGCAGAGACAAGUUGUACGACAGCGCCUUGACAGCUCUGCAAAACAUGCUUGAGCGGCUGGCCCGGUCGGAGGUCGGCCAGGAUUUUGUCGGGCUUCGCGUUCCCAUCAGCAAGGAUGAUGCCGGAUUCCUCAUUGAGGAAAUCUUCAGAGGGAAGAGUGGGAUCAGCGGUCUUCCGAACCGCUUGGUUCUUGUGCCUUGGGGACGGCCUGCUCAAGGAUUCGGGCCGGAUCCGAAAUGGGCUAAGGAAGGGCAGAAAUUUCUCCCAUUGGAUUUGAAAGAUCUCGUCUGUAUGACUAAGGAAGAGGCUGCUGUGCACGAGAAGGAAGUUCUGAAGGGCGGGAAGAAACCAGAGAAUGUCUACAACGAGGAGACGGUGCAGAAGGUGAAGCAACGGAUGAAGGAGGCAGAAUACUACGACAAGUACAGGUAG